AUGCCGAGCGACGCGACUCGGUCGCCGCCCAGGGCAGCUGCGCCGCGGCGGUCGCUGACGGCAGCGGAGCUGGCGGGAUUCAGCGCGCUCCCAGUGCACUCGUUUCUAGGCCUCCGCUUCCUCUCGGCCUCCCCCCAUCGCGUCGUCGCUACGCUCAUCUCCUCGCCCUACUCCGCCCAGCCGUUUGGCAAACUGCACGGGGGGGUGUCAGCUCUAGUAACGGAGGCAGUGGGGAGUUUAGGCGCUGCCGUCGCUGCUGAUGCUGCUGUGGUGGGGGUGGAGGUGGCAUGCGCUAUCCCUCUUUCUCCAUCUCUUUCAUACUCCUUCCCACUCCUCUUCGCCCCUCCCCUCUCCUCCCCACCAUUCCCCACUCCUCCCCACCGCAUUCAGCCAUUUGGCAAAUUACACGGGGGGGUAUCAGCGUUGGUAACGGAGGCAGUGGGCAGUCUAGGUGCUGCCGUGGCUGCUGGUGCGCCGGUGGUGGGGGUGGAAGUGGCGUGCAGUCACCUUAGAGCCGCACCCAUCGGCACUCCUCUCAUUGCUGUUGGCACUCCCUUGAGAGUUGGCCACACCGUUCAGUCACGGUCACCUGACAGCAAGGCAGGGCCGAGUCUAGAGCCUCAGUUGCAGCCGUUGCCACCUGACUGCACACCUGAGUGCACACCUGAGUGCACACCUGAGGGCUUCAAAGCUGGUCGGCUGCUGGCAGUGGGGCGACUGACAUGUGUUCCCUUGCCCCACAGCCGUGGAGGAGGGGAGAAUGGGCGGAAUGGGAAUGGAGGCCGGGAAAGACGGGGGAAUGGCAGUGGAGAAGAAUCAGUGGAAAAUGGAGGAGAGAUAGGAACACUGGGGAACACUGGGACACUGGGGGACAAUGGAGUAGAAAGUGGAACACUGGAGAACCGAGAGAAGGGAAGUGGAGAGGCGGAGGAGAAGCAGCGGAACGGAGAGGGUAAGCAUGAAGACGACAGGUCUCAUGCUUGUUCCUGCCAACACCAUCCAGUUUCCACGGCAACGGAAUUCCGCUCGCCUCAUUCAGACUCCCCGCUGUUCAGCUCCCCGCGCUUCAACGGUCUGCCCAUCCACAAGUUCAUCGGCCUUCGCUUCCUCUCCGCCUGCCCUCACCGCGUCGUUGCUGCGUUCGUCUCGUCCCCAGCAACUGCUCAGCCCUUCAACAACGUGCACGGAGGGGUAUCAGCCCUGAUCACGGAGUCUCUCGGCAGUGUGGGCGCGAGCAUAGCAGCAGGGGGGCCAGUGGCAGGGGUGGAGGUCUCAACCAGCCAUCUCAGGCCGUGCCCCCUCGGCACUCCCGUUCUCGCCGUCGCUGUUCCCUUGCGAGUGGGGCGCUCUGUUCAGGUGUGGGAGGUGCGAUUAUCCGUUCAGAAGCGAGACGAGGGAGCAGCGUUUGGAGGGAGAGCUUCUUUGAGGGCUCCCAGGGCAGGGCAACUGCUCGCAGUGGGACGGCUGACAGCGGUGGUGGUGGGGAAAGGGAAUGGUGAGGAGAGGAGAAACGCAAGGCUGUGA